GAUGGAACGGCGGUGUCACAGAAUGCGCUUUGUCCACCAAUGCAAUCGGCUCAACCACACUGCUCGCCCGUGAUGGCUGAUUCGGCAAGUGGAAGCUCACCGGAUAUUCCAUCGCCACCAACUAAUUCGGAAAAGGUAGCAGUGGUGGAAUCGCAAGCGGCACACAUCGAUCCCAGUGAUACCAGUGCCUUACUGUCCGCUACAACACUAUCAAUCCAUGAGGAAAUGUUGCGAUUUCAACAGCGAAAAAUUGAGGAGCUGCAGAAGGAGCUGGAUCGCUCACAGCAACAGCUUAAGCAUCAGCAACAAGUAAUCUUGGCAGCCAAAAAAGCGCAGGUAUCGUUUCGUUUUUUUCUUAUGGACAAGGGAGCGAGAAAACGAGUAGCUGUAAUUCGAGACAUAACGGAUAGAAAGGCAUUUGUGCAGAGCCGUACACUGGUACAUCAGUGUUUGGGCCGAAAAUGA